AUGUCAAGUUCAGUGAAUGAGAACCAGAGGCCAUCAAAUUCCUACAACGGAGACCUGAAUGGGCUGCUGGUCCCUGAUCCCAUUGCAGCUGGAGAUGGACCUGCUUUGGCCAAGCCAGUGCAUCGCAGCAUUUCUCUGGGAGCCCUGCAGGAGAAGCAAGUCAUCUGCCUUUCUGGUGAUGACAGCUCCACUUGUGUCGUGAUAUCAGCAAAAGAUGUGGAGAUCGUGGCCAGCAGUGACUCCAGCAUCACCAGUAAGGCCAGAGGGAGUAACAAGGUGAAGAUCCAACCUGUCGCUAGAUACGACUGGGAGCAGAAAUACUACUAUGGCAACCUGAUAGCUGUUUCAAACUCCUACCUGGCUUAUGCCAUUAGAGCCGCCAGUAACGGCUCGGCCAUGGUGCGGGUGCUGAGCGUCAGCACGGCUGAGAGGACCCUGCUGAAGGGCUUCACAGGUGGGGUGGCUGACCUGGCCUUUGCCCACCUCAACUCCAACCAGCUGGCGUGCCUGGAUGAGGCUGGCAACCUUUUUGUCUGGCGCCUGGCCAUGGAUAAAGAAAAAAUCCAAGAGGAGAUCUUGGUUCACAUCAAGCGACCUGACAACACCCCAUUGAACACCUCUCGAAGAAUCAUCUGGUGCCCUUUCAUCCCAGAUGAUAAUGAGGAGAGUGGUGAAGAGGGAAGCCAGACGUUGGCCUUGCUGCAUGAGGACAGGGCAGAGGUGUGGGAUUUGGACAUUAUCCGGACAAACAACAGCUCCUGGCCAGUGGAAGUGCCAAGCAUCAAAGAAGGCUUCAUUGUAGUGAAAGGCCACAGCACGUGCCUGAGUGAGGGAGCACUUUCUCCAGAUGGAACUGUGCUGGCCACAGCAAGCCAUGAUGGUUUCGUCAAAUUCUGGCAGAUCUACAUUGAGGGGCAGGACGAGCCAAGGUGUCUUCAUGAGUGGAAGCCCCACGAUGGCAGGCCUCUCUCCUGCCUGCUCUUCUGUGACAACCAUAAAAAACAAGACCCAGAGGUUCCCUUCUGGAGGUUUCUCAUCACAGGAGCAGAUCAGAAUAGAGAGCUGAAGAUGUGGUGCACGGUGUCUUGGACUUGUCUGCAAACUGUCCGCUUUUCUCCUGACAUCUUCAGCUCCAUGAGUAUUCUUCCCAGCCUGAAAGUCUGCCUGGACCUCUCUGCUGAGUAUCUGAUACUGAGCGACGUGCAGAGAAAAGUGUUAUAUGUGAUGGAGCUGAUGCAGAACCAGGAGGAGGGCAAAGCUUACUUCAGCUCCAUCUCUGAGUUCCUCCUCACCCACCCUGUGCUCAGCUUUGGCAUCCAGGCCGUGAGCCGCUGCCGGCUGCGCCACACCGAGGUGCUCCCUGCUGAGGAGGAGAGUGACAGCCUGGGUGUGGAAGGUGCUCAGGGAGCUGGGGCUGUUGAGUCAGCAGCAGGUGUGCUGAUAAAGCUCUUCUGUGUGCACACCAAGGCCCUACAGGAUGUGCAAAUCAGAUUCCAGCCUCUCCAUAGCCCUGACACGAGUGCAUCCAUGCCUCCCCAUGGCUCUCAUGAAGAAUUUGCCUUUCCAGAGCACAUGGCAGAUCUGGGCCCGGAGGGGCUGGGCUCUGCCAAGGGCUCAGCGCACGGCUCGCAGCCCGACCUGCGCCGCAUCGCCGACCUGCCCGUCCCCGCAGACUUCCUGGCCCUCUCCAACGAUGCCAAACCCAAGCUGAUGACUCCAGAUGCAUUCAUGACGCCCAGUACAUCUCUUCAACAGGUGGCUGUGUCUCCAGGCAGCAGUGUCAGCUCCCUGACUGCAGUCACAGCCAUGAGCAGCACUUCUGUCACAGAUGCCUCUAUGUCCAGGCCAUCAGAAGACUUGACUGUGAGCCCCAAGAUGCAGCUGGACAGCAGCCUCACACUGAGCAGCAGCAGCAGCAGUCUCCAGACCAGUCCUAGAAGCCAUUCAGUUCUCAUCCCAGGCCUCCCUGACAAGCUAACACCAAAGGCACCUGUUCCAGUGACACCAGGAAACCCCUCUCUGGCCCUGGAGCUGCAGGAGGUGGAGCCCUUGGUGGUGCCCCAGGCUUCUCCCACCCGCGAGCGCUCUCCAGAUGUCAUCUCCUCAGCCUCCACUGCCAUGUCCCAGGACAUCCCAGAGAUCGCCUCCGAGACCCUCCAGCGCAGCUUCGCGGCGCCUCCGGCCGGGCUCCCCGGGGAGGGGCUGGAGCCCCCUCACCACGCAGACAGCAUGGCCUCUGCUGCCUCAGCCCUGCACCUGCUGUCCCCCAGGAACAGGCACAGCUCCGAGCACAGCCACCACUCUUUGGACAUGCCUCCAGUGGAGGUGGACAGACUGAACGCUCCGUCCCUGCUGGAGGCUGCUCUAACUCAGGAAAGCGCAGCUGCUGACAAUGUGGUGGGUCAGCCCUGGCCAGCAGCUCCUGACAUAACCAGGGAAACCAGGAACAGCAUGGCAGACAGCCCAAGGGAUGAGGUUGAAGAAAAGCACAAGAGCUCUUCCUACCACCGACACAGCUACCACCUGCUGCAGCACGACAGCCAGGAUGCCAGUGCAGAGCAAAGUGACCAUGAUGAUGAAGUUGCAAGUUUGGCUUCCACAUCAGGUGGAUUUGGUGCCAAAGCGUCUACGCAGAGGCUGCCGGUGAAGGACUGGAAAGCCAAGGCAUCCCCUCGGGCUUCCCCAAAGCUCAAGAGGAAGGGCAAGAAAGAUGAUGGGGAUGUGAACCAGUCACCAAGAUCAUCCAACAACCAGGUGACCCCCGAGUUCCAGGAUGAGCUGAUGUGCAUCUUGAGGAGCCAACAGCGGGAGCUCUCGGAGCUGCGGCAGAACCAGAUGGAGCUGCUGCAGAGACUGACAGAUCACCUGGAUGCCAUUCAGAGCUCCCUCAUGGGCCAUGUGGAGAGGGUGAUUGACUCCCAGCAGGAGCAGGAACAGAGGAGGCUGGACCGCGCGCUGACGGAGGGGCAGCAGCGCAACGGGCAGCUCCAGGAGCACCUCUCCCAGCAGCUCUCCCAGGCCCUCUCUGCUGCUGUGUGUACCCGUCUGGAGAGGACCAUCCGUGAGGAGAUGAAGAAGACUGUGCCCCAGUGCAUUUCCAAGAGCAUGGACCCUGUUGCUGGCCAGCUGAGCAACACAAUUGCUGCCAAGCUCACUGCUGUGGAGGGGACACUGAAAGAGAGUAUCACCAAGCUAGUGAAGUCAAAGAACCUGACGGACACCGUGGUGAGGGCGACGGCUGAUACCCUGCAGGGCCCCAUCCAGGCUGCCUACAGGGAGGCCUUCCAGACUGUGGUGUUGCCAGCCUUUGAGAAGAGCUGCCAGUCCAUGUUCCAGCAGAUCAAUGACACCUUCAAGCAGGGCACACAGGAAUAUAUCCAGCAGCUGGAGAUUCACUUGAAGAACAAGAAGGUGCGAGAGCAGGAGGCCCGGGACCCGCUCCGCCAGCUCCUCCUCACCUUCCAGAGCAGCACGGAGCAGCUGGCGUCCUCUGUGGCAGCCAGUGUCCAUGCUGAGGUGCAGCACCAGCUCCACAUCAUCGUGAGCAACAUGCAGGAGUCCAUUUUGGCCCAGGUGCAGAGGGUCAUUAAAGGAGAGGUGAGCAUGGCCAUGAAGGAGCAGCAAGCUGCUGUCACCUCCAGCAUCGUCCAGGCCAUGCGCUCAGCAGCCGGGACCCCCAUCCCUUCGGCUCACUUGGAUUUCCAGUCUCAGCAAACUCACAUCCUCCAGCUGCUCCAGCAAGGACACCUCAACCAAGCUUUCCAGCAGGCUCUGACAGCAGCUGAUCUCAACCUGGUCCUGUAUGUCUGUGAGACAGUGGAUGCUCAGCAGGUGUUUGGGCAGCACCCAUGCCCACUGUCCCAGCCUGUGCUGCUCUCCCUCAUCCAGCAGCUUUCCUCGGAUCUGGGCACUCGCACGGACCUGAAGUUGAAUUACCUGGAGGAAGCAGUGAUGCACCUGGACCAGAGCGACCCCAUCACCCGUGACCACAUGGGGUCAGUCAUGAACCAGGUGCGGCAGAAGCUCUGCCAGUUCGUCCAGGUGGAACCUCACAACACGCUCAACAAGCCUGCCCGGCGCCUCAUGAUCAUGCUCCAGGGCCUGGUCACCCCUGGCAUGACCUAGGAGGACCUGGCUGCCUCGUGGGCUUCCACAGAGCAGCCCACCCAGCAGCUCCAGUAGAUACUAACCACCUAUGGCUUGUGUUAAAGAGCUCCUGUCAGGAGUUCUA